GCUUUCCUCUCGGACACAAUGCUUCACAUGCUUACCCCAACACGAAUUUUAAGACAACUCCCCUCGUGUAACGCUCGCUACUACUCUACAAACGUUCCAAAAGCGUUCGACGAAGCGUCACUGCGAUUUAUUUCCGACUGCUUAAAGAAUGUCCCAAAACUGAAAUUCCAAUUCAUUGACAAUCCAAAGAAUGCUGCCGUGUUAAUGCCUCUAUGCACAACCAUGGAUGGCAAGCCAAGUGUGCUGUUUACUAUACGUGCAGCUCAUAUGAGGGCGCAUAAAGGCGAGAUAAGCUUCCCUGGUGGUAAGCAAGACGCCGAAGAUGAAUCACCGCAACAUGCAGCGCUCAGAGAAACGAUGGAGGAAAUCGGCAUAUCAAACAUAGACAUACUUGGACAAUAUGCAAUACUGCCCAACAAGCAUAGAAAUCUACGUGUUCAUCCCUUCGUUGGUUAUAUCAAGGAUCCUGUAGAUGUCAGCAAAAUCAAAUACAAUCCAGAUGAGGUCGCAAGCGUAUUCACCUUGCCAUUGGAAUAUCUCACCGACCCUGCGAUAUGUGAGAUGCAAAAUUUCAGAGACUCUUCGUACAAAUACCCUGUAUACAAGACGCCCGACGAUAUUGAAGUUAGGGAAAUCUGGGGCUUGACUAGCUUCAUCAUGAGUGGUGUAUUUCGAAAGAUUUUUUAGAUCUGGUUGACUUUUUUAAAAGACUUAAUGGUAAUCAUGUGAAUUAGCAUUCAUUUACAUUCAUUGGCUUUUUUUUACAAAGAGAUUUUCAAAUGUAUUAUUAAUGGAGGAGGACUUCAGUUGUGUACAAUAUAUGUUUUUCUGAAGACUUUUCUCAAACUGUCGCCGUGGUUCUGCUUUGCAAAUCUUUCUUUCUUUGUUAACGAAAUAUGGGCUGGUACUGAUAAAACAAUGCGGAUCAACUGAAUAAGGAAAAAGUCACAUCUACCAC